UGACCAGCCCCAGCUGACAGGAAUCAGACCACAACAAGGACGGCCUGAGGUUUGGCUGGACAUGCGGGCUGUCCGGCACGGCCUGGUGGUCACUCAGGCCCGGCCGGGGGCACGGGACCACCUCGGACGGAGCCAGGCGAUGCUUCUGAGUCUGGGGAUAGUACAGAUCGUGCUCGGCUGUGUCGUGGUGUCCCUCAGCUUUGCCGCGCUGGCCAUGACUACCUACAGCCGUGUCCGGAACGCGUGUCCGUACUGGGCCGGUUUCGCCGCAAUGUUGUCCGGUGGUGUUGGGAUGAUAGCCUGGAAGCAGCAGACGUCUCUGGCUGUGAGUUUCUUCACAUUCCUGUCUGCUGUGUGUACACUGUUACACCUGGUGGCUGCUGUCCUGUCUGGGGAGAGUACCACACUGCUGUCAUCUCUCAACUCCUGUGUACCUCAGGACAUGGGCAAGACAUGUCAGUGCCUGCUAGGGGGCAUUGCCGACUGUUCCGGUAUCCAGACCAUGCUGCAGGAGCUGAUGUACGCUGUCUGUGGGACUAGCGUUCUGUCGUGUCUGAUCAGCGCCCUGUCCGUAGCUGUGGGCUGUAUGCACUUCAUCAAGAGAGGGCCCCACCAGAGUAUGCUGUAUGGACACAGCCUGGCCUCCCCAGUCCUCCCCUCCGACUCGUUGCGCACACCAAUGGAAGACGAGAUGUUCCCCGUAAACAUGGUACAGCCCGUCCCUCCUCCUCCUUACUCCCCUCCUGGCUGCUACAUCUCACAACAUGGAACUAUCAGUGAGGACCCACCUCCAUACUCCGCUGUGGACCCCCUUGCCAGGGUUACAGAGGUCGGUACAGGGUGGACAACUGAGGUUCAGUGUUCUGUGGAUGAUGGAAGCAGGUUGAGCCCCAAUGUAGAAGGAGCCUGUGGAACACAGGCAGUGUCACACUCCAGGAUGGCAGUCUCUCACUCUGGAACUCUGAACAACAUGCUGGACAGUCUGCAACUGGCCUCUAACUUCACCAGUGGACAGACUUCCCCAAACACUAAGGAAGGGGCAGGGUGUGAGUCGGCUGAGCUGCAGCGUGCUGUUGACAUGAGUCUGGAGAGCGUGCUCCAGGCCUUCCAUGAACAGACACAGCAGAUGGACGGGACCGACACAAAUGUUAGACACACACAAGAACCGUCAAGGAACCUCAGACAUGUACCUCACUUCAACCUGCCUGAUGCAACACCAAGUCCACAGGGAGCAGUCAGCUUAGGGAGAGAGAACUCAGACACAAACGUGCCACGCCAUGUCAGUAGAACCAGUCAGGGCUUAAACACUCAAGAGACUCAAAGUGUGAGCAGUGAUCCCAGGGUGCCCCUACACAGAAGGCAAGAUGAACCACUCACAGAAGUUUCACCACUUGGCAUUCAGGAGGACAGUCAUCUACAGGGCAAUGUUGGCAGGAAAAGUAAAGCAGAGAGACCAAGAACACUGAAUCUAUCUGGAAAUGCAAAGCUCAGGAAACACAGUCAUAGAAGCCACAAAAGGAGACCUAGAUCUUUGGUUGAUUCUAAAGAGCUUAAAGAUACAAAAGUCCUGGUUGCUCAGUUCUUAGAGCAGCCAGUAGGAAAUCUCCCCCCAGCUGUGCAGAUUGUUGUGGAAAAUAUAAAGUCUGUUAUCCAGUCUGAUGAGCACCACCUAGCAGAAGUCAUGCACAGUGCAAGUGUCCUUCAAGAAGUCGAAGUGCGGCACUCCACCUACAGGUACAGCCUGAGCUCCACUAGUUCCAGCAGUCACGUCUCUUCGUCGGGCUCUGUCUACAGGACAGUGGAGGUUUCCAGCUCCACCGUCUGUAGGACAGCAGAUGCUUCUCCAUCUAGCACUGUUUGUAGGACAGCUGAUGCUGCAGCUGCUGUGUCCAGGACAGCUGAAGGCCAAGGCUGUGUAGAGGCAGCAGGAGACAUUUAUAGGGAAACUGUGCUGUGACAGCAGAUGUUUCUCCAUCUAGCACUGUUUAUAGGACAGCUGAUGCUACAGCUGCUGUGUCCAGGACAGCUGAAGGUCAAGGCUGUUUAGAGACAGCAGAAGACUUUUUGCAGGGAAACUGCAGUGACAGACAUUUCUAGAUUUAGCGCUAUUCAUAGGAUAGCCUCUGUGUCCAAGACUGCUGAAGAGCCAGCAAGUUUGGAUACUGCAUGAGACAUUUACACUAAGUUACAGGGAAACUGUUCUGUGACAUUCAAACAUGCAUGUCCUCAAACCAUAGCAAAACAGCACAUCUUCUGAGCAUUCCAGAAAAUGAAUUAAGAACUUUAUACUACGUCCAGACUACAUGCAUGGGCAAAGAUAUGUAAGUUAGUCGUUUACUGGGACUGAAACAUUUAGGAAUUGCCUUCUUGCAUCUAAAAGCAGUUACAGUAGCCCCUGCUAGUGCAAUUUAUCAUUCCAGUUCAUUUACUGCUGGCACCUAUACUGUGCUACAGUAAGUAUCAUUAUAGCUUUAUUGCAUUCACUGUAGCUGUCACAACUUGUACUUUUAGCUGUCACAUGUCUAUUAACUAGUGUACCAGUAAUUGCCAUUGCCUGUCAUGUUAUAGUCUACUGUACAUAUGACAUUGAAUCUGUGUAAAUGUUGAUGCCAUACUUAACAUGUUAUUGUACCAUGGAAAUUGAGAGCACUGAAAUACUAUGUACUACAUUAUAUAUAUAUAACUAUGUGAAUUAGCCAUACUUAACACUUUUCUGGCUCAAUUUGUUGCAUGGAUUUAGAUACAUUGAAUUAUAAGCCAGACUCUUACAUUACUCAUAUUUUUCAUUUGCACAUGAUACAGACCUCAAAAUCAAGUCUUCAAUUCACAAAGACUGGAAAGGAAUUAACUCAUGACUAUGUUCAUGUAUUUGAAGUUCAGAUUUGGUAGUAUCCUGGGCUACUUACAUUUGUACAUAGUCAUGUCCUGGGCUAGUUGCAAGACAUUGUAACCAAUUAUCUUGUACCUUGCAUGUAUGACUAGUAGACUGAAGCAGUUACCCUUUUCAUGACAGCAAAGGAUACACAUACAAGUCAAGUAUAUCUACAGCAAAGUUUACACAAGGUAAUAAUAAGAUAGACUGAAACAACACGAGUGUUGAUACCAAGGCCAAUGGCAGGGUAAGGGUGAAUAUUGAGGUGUAAAAUAUGAGUGUAUAAUACCAGCCUUAAGCACUCGGGCAAGAGAAAAUGGACCAAUAUUGAAUACUUGAUUAAUUAUAAUAAAAUUUGGAACCCAGAACUUGAA